CUUGGAACCCGGAAGCAAUUGCGGCUCUUAGGUGACGAUACAUUAGACGACAAUAGUGGGCCAAUGAUCUAUCUAUACAUCAUUGGAGUGGACAUGGCCCAGCCUCGUAUGUUCUGCUUGGUCCUCCUCACGGUGGCUCUCGGGGCCCAGGCUCUGACCCCAUCACAUCACCUCUCCCUGUCAGACGUGGAGAGACUUAAAGGCCUCCUGAGCCAACCCUUCACAGACCUGGCAUCAGCAUACUACUCCAUCGUUGGUUUGAGCAAGCUUGGAGCCUCAGUUGCUGAUGAAAAUGAUGCCUGUCAGUUUCUGAAGGCCCAAUUGGACCCCAUGAGUGUCGACUCCCUCUUCUUCGCUGCUGAGGCCAGUCAGGCCAUCUCAGACUGUGAGAUGCCAGUAUCCAACGAGACCCGUGACAUCCUUCUGGCAGCAGUCAGCGAGGACUCUACAGUGACACAGAUCUUCAGAGCUGUCAGCGCCCUCAGUUCCCUGGGGCUUCCUCUGGCUUCACAGGAAGUUGUUGCUGCCCUCGUCUCCCGUAUUGCCAAGGAGGACAACGUCUUGGCGAUCACUACUGCACUCCAGACUGCCACCCGUCUCUCCCAGCAGGCUCAGCUCGGAGGAAUCCUGGAGGAGAUUGAGGAUCUGGCAGCACGAUUGGAUGACUUGGGUGGAGUGUACCUCCAGUUUGAGGAGGGACUUGAGGCGACCGCCCUCUUUGUGACAGCAGCCUACACACUGUCAGACCAUGUGGACACGGCGCCUCCUCUGAAAGAGGACCAGGUGAUCCAGCUGGUGAACUCUGUGUUCAGUAAGAAGUCCUGGGAUUCCCGGUCUGAGGCGUUCAGCGUAGCCUGUGCUGCUGCCGCCCUCUCCAGAAACCACUUCCACGUGCCAGUCAUCGUCAGCACCCAGGGGCCUGCCACAGUCUCCCACAGCCAGCCAAUCCUGCAUCUUCUGGUGACAGACAUCCUGUCCAAUCCUCUUGCCUCAGCCAAUGUGCUGGUGGAAUCUGCUCAAGCUGUAGCCUCUAAGAGUGUUGUACUCAGCCAGGCACCUUUCUCCCUCAGAGAUGGCAUUUUUGAACUUAACUUCAUGGCUAGCCAGCCAGCCAGUGGAUAUUACCAGUUUACUGUGGCUGUCACCGGGGACAGCCGAUUGGUUGCCAAUCAGGUUGAGCUGAAAGUGAAGGUGUCCACUGACGUAGCCAUCACUAAUAUGGACCUGUCUGUAGUGGAUAAGGACCAGAGCAUCGGCACCAAGACAUCCAGGGUGGACUAUCCCUUCAAGGCCAAGGGCUCCUUUACUGCAGACAGCCACCAGAACUUUGCCAUGACUUUCCAGUUAGUGGAUGUCAACACGGGAGUAGAGCUCACUCCCCACCAGACCUUUGUGAGGUUUCACAAUCAGAAAACUGGCCAGGAGGUUGUGUUUGUUGCUGAACCUGACAGUAAGAACCUUUACAAGUUUGAGCUGGACACAGCAGAGAGGAAGUCUGAGUUUGACUCCAUGUCUGGGACCUAUGUCCUCCACCUCAUCGUGGGAGAUGCCACCUUGGAGAACCCCAUUCUGUGGAACGUGGCUGAUGUUGUCCUGAAGUUCCUUGAUGAGGAGGCCCCAGCAGCCAUCCAGUCCAAGACCCUUUACAUGCCCAAACCAGAUAUUCAGCACUUGUUCCGGGAGCCUGAGAAGAAGCCACCCACGGUGGUGUCCAACACCUUCACAGCCCUCGUCCUCUCACCGUUUCUCCUGCUGCUUAUUCUGUGGUUCAAACUCGGGGCCAACAUCUCAAACUUCAGCUUCUCCCCCAGCUCUGUGCUCUUCCAUGUGGGCCACGCAUGCAUGCUGGGUCUGAUGUACGUCUACUGGACUCACCUCAACAUGUUCCAGACCCUCAAGUACCUGGCUAUCAUCGGCAGUCUCACCUUCCUGGCUGGAAACCGCAUGUUGGCCCAGAAAGCAGUGAAGAGGAUUGCCGCAGAGCAAAGUUGUAGGUUGGCAAAGUAUAGGAGCCUGCGGUAAAGGCCUGUUUUCUAAUAACAAAGGGCCAGUCUUCCAGGCUGAAACUUGCAACUAAAUGACAAGAUUGAAGAAGAUUUAAAGAUGCUUAGUUUUUGGUUUUCAAGGAUUCGUUUGACACAUCGUCAACCAUCAGACUGUCAGAGGUUAUUCCAUGAAUCCAAUGGACAAUUUGAAAUGCAGUUUAACUUUUCUUUUUCAACUUGAAAAUAAUAAAUGUUCUAGUCAAAGGUGUUGGUAGAGGGUCCGGACAGACUCACUGACACAAUACUCCUAUUGAGGGGUGGAAAGCUAACCAUCCUUGCACUUCAUUUUUUGGUGACUGUUGCAAAUGCCUUUUUUCAUAUAUAUAUAUUUUUUUUCACCACAGGCUUGGGGAUAUCAUUUGUGGUUUCAUAAUGUCAUUGGGAUGGAUUUGUUUUUUUGUAUGUUCCAGAUUCUCUGUGCCCAUCUUACCACUGCUAUGUAUCAAAAGGUGCGUCAAGAAGUAAGCCAUUGAUUUUUUUUUUUUUACAAGGCCUUUUGAUGGAAGUUUAUUGAUGGUGGCUUCACUGACAUGUUCAUUAUAAGUCUGUAAUGUAUGCUUGUCUUCUCAAUGAAUUACAUGUGGAGGGUGUGAGCUAUUUUCCCCUUACAAUAAAGACCUAACCCCCUCUAGAACAAAAUUUUGAUGGGUAAUUCUAAAAAAUCACAUGUUUUUGUAAUGAAAUAAAGAAAUGGGGAUUAAUAAGUGUACUGCUUAUUCUUCUGGGUGCAAUACACCCUUUGUAGUGUUGUAAUAUAUUUUUUAAAGUACUUAAUAGUGCUUUUGCAAUAAAUGUAUUGGAUGAAGGAAA